AUGGCCCAAUGUUUCUGCCUAAUGCCGGUACGUGGUGUGCUCAGCAAAUCUGUCAAAGGUCUGUCAUUUCGUUGGCUUAGUUUUCGCACCAGCUAUUGUCUUGCCUACAUGGCCCUAACUGUGGCCGAUAGCCUGCUAACAUUGAAUCUGGUACGGCGUGCUGAGUUGGAUGUUCGCAACAUUGAACCAAUGGUUUUCCAUACCACCAUAUUUUUGGCUUCCAUUGGAUUUUUACGUCUGGCCUCGAAGUGGCCGAAACUGAUGCGCCGAUGGCAACAAGUGGAAAGACAAUUGCCGGCAUACCGCACCUGGCAGGAAAGGGGAGAGUUGGCCAAGCGAAUUAAGACCGUGACAUUUGUUCUGAUCACAAUGUCGUUGACCGAGCACCUGCUGAGUACCAUUUCGGCCAUACACUUUGCCAACUAUUGUCCGGCCACCAGUGACCCCAUAGAAUCGUUUUUUCGCAAUGUCGUGGAUCAGGUGUUCCUCGUUUUCAACUAUUCACCCUGGCUGGCAUGGUUGGGUAAAAUUGAAAAUAUUCUCCUGACCUUUGGCUGGACUUAUAUGGAUGUCUUUGUGUUAAUCAUUGGCAUUGGUCUGUCGUCGAUGUUUAAGAGAAUUAAAAGGCAAAUGGAACAGCACAAAGGCCAGGCAAUGCCCGAAUCAUUUUGGUGUGAAAUCCGACGACAAUAUAUGUUGAUCUGUGACUUAAUUGAGGAGGUUGAUGAGGCUGUGUCGGGGAUUAUAAUGCUGUCGUUUGCAAAUAAUUUGUAUUUCGUGUGCAUACAGUGCUUGAAGAGUAUUAACACCAUGCCCUCCAUCGCCCAUGCCAUCUACUUUUAUUUCUCCUUCAUGUUCCUGCUGGCCCGCACCCUGGCUGUAUCGCUGUACUUGGCCGAGGUAAAUGAUCGCAGCCGUGAUCCUCUGGCCAUACUCAAAUAUGUACCGACCAAUGCCUAUCACAUCGAAGUAGAACGAUUUGCAAUGGAAAUCAAUUCGAUGUCGGUGACUAUGACGGGCCUGCGAUAUUUCGAUAUUACCAGGAAAUUGGUAUUGACGGUAGCUGGAACAAUUGUCACGUACGAACUGGUUUUAAUACAAUUUGAAAACAAAGGAUUUUUGACGUAA